UAUUUUAUUGUUAUGAAUACUUUCCUAGUUGUGAGAAUGGCUGCAAGUUCCACCACUUUAUUUAUCUCUCUGUCUCUCUCUUUCCUCUUCCAAUCUCAUCCUAUUCCGUUUUCUCAGCAGUACUCAAUUGAUCCAUUUGUUUUUCUAUUCGUUUUGAGAAAACUUUGAGUAUAUGGCCGGCAUAGACUUGGGUUCAGCAUCACAACACUUUGUUCAUCGUCUCCAACGCCCUGACCUUGAAGUUCAUGAUGAGAGUCAAGACCAAGAUGGAAACAACAACCAUGAAGGGCUUGACCUAGUUUCACCAAAUCAUGGUCUUGGUGAUGUUGUUGGUCGUAGACCCAGGGGAAGACCUCCGGGCUCAAAGAACAAACCUAAACCACCAGUUAUCAUCACAAGAGAGAGUGCAAACACACUUAGGGCUCACAUCCUUGAGGUCAGUAGUGGUUGUGAUGUGUUUGACUCUGUGGCUACCUAUGCAAGAAAGCGUCAAAGAGGGAUCUGUGUCCUCAGUGGUAGUGGAACUGUCACUAACGUGACCCUGCGACAGCCAGCUGCCGCAGGAUCUGUGGUGACACUUCACGGAAGAUUUGAGAUAUUAUCUUUGUCUGGAUCGUUUCUACCUCCCCCGGCUCCACCUGGUGCUACAAGUUUGAGUGUGUUCCUUGGUGGAGGUCAAGGUCAAGUUGUGGGAGGAAAUGUUGUUGGUCCUUUGGUUGCUUCUGGGCCAGUUAUUGUUAUUGCUUCAUCUUUCACUAACGUAGCAUAUGAGAGGUUACCGUUAGAUGAAGAUGAAUCUCUUCAGAUGCAACAAGGGCAAUCAUCUGCAGGCGGUGGUGGUGGUGGUGGUGAUGGUGUUAAUAACUCUUUUCCUGACCCGUCUUCGGGGCUUCCAUUCUUCAAUUUACCUCUAAAUAUGCCUCAAUUGCCUGUGGAUGGUUGGGCCGGAAACUCCGGUGGAAGACAAUCUUAUUGAGCUUAAUUUGGGGACAAAGGUGAGUUGAAUUCCAUGAUUUUAAUUUCCUUUGAAUUAAUCAUUUGUGAAGAAGCACUGAUUUUCUAUUGUAGUCUUGUUUUCUUAAUUUAAUUCCUUCGCUAGGUAUGUUGUAAGAAUUUAAUUUUUAAUUAGGAACAAUUGUGAAACAUUUCUCUUUGGUUGUUGGAGUUGCUAGAUGAAUUAGAUUCUUGUGAUUAACCCUUCAGUUGAAUAAACAUAUCUUUGCAUACA